AUGUUCUCCAUCAAUGAAUUACGUCAUGAAUUUCUCCGGGAUAUAGCUUCGAUAUACGAUAAACAGACAAAUAAUUACGAUGUGAAAAUUAUCGUCAGUUCAACUAAAGACGAAAAAAUCUUUAACGCACAUUCGGUCAUUCUUUGUGCUAGAAGUUCCUAUUUUAAUGCAGCUAUAUUAAACGAAGAAACGGAAAAAGAGGAAAAUAAAUACGUUUUACGAAAUUCAGAUAUUCAGCCCAGUAUAUUUGAAUGUAUUUUGAAGUUUCUAUAUACCGGAGAAAUCGACCUCCAAAAAGAAAUACGAAAUAAUGUCAUUGAUUAUCUUUCUUCACUUGCUACAGCUGAGAAAUUGAGACUCGAUUCUCUUCUUGAUUAUAUUCAGCUAUACUUGUUAAACAAUGACCAAACCUAUAUUCAAGAAAACCUCAUAAAGAUUCUUAAUGUUGCACGGCAACACACCUCAUACACUAAACUCCGUAGUUAUUGCGAAUCUAUUUAUCGCGAAAAUCCUCAAGCAAUAUUUGACGCUGGCGAUUUCACUUUAUUGUCCGACAUCAAUUUUACAACCCUUUUAAAACGAAAUGAUUUGAAUUUACCCGAAAUAAAAAUAUGGGAGCGCUUGAUUGAUUGGGGCAAAGCAAACCAUUCUGAACUACAAUCCGAUGUUAGUGUAUGGUCGGAAGGAAAUUUUGAACUUUUGGAGAAAGCAAUUGGACCGCUUCUGAAACACAUACGUUUCUUUUUAUUGUCAUCUAGCGAUUAUUACACUAAUGUACGACCUUAUAAAAAGAUUUUAUCGACAAAAUUGAGACAGGAGUUAAAGGGAUUUUACUAUAUGGAAGGAAAUAAGCUACCUGCAAACUCUUUAGGACUACGAAAUCAUUCUAAUAAUCAGGAUCAAAAUUUAUUCGAUAUAUGGAACGUUCAAUUAAUUGAAUCAGAUAAUUUACAAUUGUCAGGUCAAGCUGUUCCUAUGGCAACUUCCCAGCAGAGUCCGCCCCAAACUCUAUCCUUUCUUCCUUCCUAUCUUCCAAAAGACACCCAGGACCAAUUUCAGCCUCCCUCGUAUGCUCCACAAGAAUUGUCACAAAACAAAUUUCAUGUCCCAUCUUGGAUCAACCUGAAUCAACCUUGUAUUCCUCCCACUGUUCGGCUAAACGAGUAUAAAGAUCCAAUUCCCACCGUUUCUAUGCCAAGCUUGCAUAACAAACUUGACAUUUCUCGUAAGUCUUCGUGGACCACUGAAAAAGAUGUAACAAUGAAUGAUCUUUUGCACAAGAAAACUUGCACCGAAAUCUAUUCACAAUUCUAUGAUUACUUCCGCCGUGAUAUUUUCCCUCCAAGAUGUCACCCCGGUAUCCACGCAGCGGUUGGAGAUCUCUCUGGCUUCAACUGGCAUUUAAACAACGAUUCAAAGGUUUUUAAAGGAAGUCUAUUUUUUUUAGAAUUCGGAGAUUAUUCCAAAAUAGUUCAAAUUCAAAAAAAUCAAAAACCACAAAAAUUUGCUCAUAUGGAAUUAUAUGAAAUUAUUUUAACCUACACUCCUUUUGAGAAAAAAAUAGCUUUUCUUAACAGCUUAUAUAAUUACGGAAAUGGUAUUAGCGUCCAAGAUUCAUCAGAAACUACACCUUUUCAUUCUCUUGUCCUUCAUAAUUUCUACUUUCAUCAAAAUUCGUCUUCGGUUUCGUUGUGUUCACAAAAUUCUGGCAGCUCUUCUCAUCUUAAUGGCAUACCUGAUGAAAUACGAAUUAAUCCAGAGGAUAUAGAAGCUGUUGUAAAAUGGCUGAUUGGUAAAGGUUUUCCUAUCAAUGCAUUAAAUCGCACUGGACAUAGUGCUCUAGGAUUAGCCAUUCGACUUGAAAAUGGUUCAGUUUUGAACAAACAAUUUUUAAAAAUAUCUCCUCGAAAUAAACAAUGGUCACAUGACUUAAUCUUAGCAAUGGUUACAAAUGGCGCCUCGAUUUAUAGCGAUACUGAUUUUAACGAAGAGUCUAAGAGCAUAUACAUUAAGAAAAAAGCACCAGCCUAUCCAAAUCAUCUUUGGCCAGCCGUAAAAUACGGUUUGGAUAUUGGCAUAUUAAGAGCUAUGAUAACCAAUAUCGAGGAUGUUCAAAAGGAAUGGAGUGAGCAAGAAGGUGGCAAAAAAUGCGAUCUUCUCAAAUUUUCAGCGAAAUACGAUCAUUUGGACAUGGUGAUGUAUCUACUUGAAAAUUUCAUCGAGUUCCAUUCAACGGACACCAUUGUAAGAGCGAUCAAGAAGACUCCGCUAGGUAAAACUAGAGAAUAUAUGGAUACCUGGAUAGGAAAAUCAGGGGAAGAGAAACGAAAAAAUUUUCAUUUGAAAUUGCUUGAAAGUCAUUCGUAG